AUGGUCACUCUAGAUCGGCAAAUAGCCGUCGAGCCCCUUGGGCCUGACUCGUAUAUGUCGGCAAUGCCUCCAACGAGAAUGGGCGCUCUGGCUUCAUAUGCGUAUGGAGGAAACACACUAGCAGUAGCGGUCAAUGCCGCGUAUCAAACGGUGCAAGCUUCAUUCCACUUGUACUCGAUCUGCGGGCACUUCAUCCGCGCCGCCAGGACAGAUCGCAGCCUUAUUUGCCAGAUUGAAAGAGUCAGAGAUACGCGCACCUUUCAGACUCGUGUUAUCCGAGUGAGCCAGGAAGGUAACGAUGCCUCGACGCAAUUGUGUUUCAUCGCUUCGGCGGAUUUCCAUAUUGAAGAACCACGAUCCAUGGUGACCUAUUCUACGCUUCCACAGACCAGCCUGCCACUUAGCAACACCGGUAUCUCGACCAUACCUCCACAAGCCCCAAAAGAGCAUGGGUUAUACCAGAAUCUCGAGCGCUUUCUGGAUAUGCAGCCGAUUGUUGUUGCCGCCAGCAUGAAGGAAGAAGAGCAGAAGGUCCAUCCUCUGCGCCCUCCAGAUUUUCGGCGGAAAGGUUCCGUGUACAGACGCCGCUGGAGAGUGAAGCGGCACAUUGGUUAUGCGCUCACCGACGCCAGUGCUUGCGCUACUCUGGACUUUUCUCUUCGAUUGUUCACGCAUGGAAUCGAUCUGCGACAGUGGCAUCUGACGGAGGCAACGACAUCGGUGGCUGGGAAUGCUCGGGCCUUUAGCGAGGGACGCGUAUGGGAUGAGAAUGGCCGUCUGGUUGCCAGCAUGACACAGCAAACUCUUCUUCGCCCGAAGGCUGGUUUCUAUCCACGCAUUUGA